CCGAUCCACCCUAAUCCCUAUCUCAUCUUGCGCCGUCCUCUUCCUUUCUCCGUCCCGAUCAGAUCCAAUCUUCGCAGCCCUCCGCCGCUCCUCUCCUGCAGCCCCCGCGCUCCCACUACCAUCCGCCUCCGCCGCCCCCAUCAUUGACGCAACGACCACCGCCACCGCCGCCAUCAAGACCUCGGCGGAAGCCGCUGCAGCGCCGGUGGUGGAAGAGGCGCCGCCGAUGCCGCAGGCAGUUGCACCCGGGAGGAGCAGCCCCUGCCCGAGACCAUUUUACACAUGAUCUGGUGACGCAAGCCGGCGACCCACCUGGAGAACUCCGUGCGCCUGCUCUUCUCGACGCUCUCGGUGCUGCUCGUCCAUGGCGUGAUCUCCGCCGGCGCUGCCGCCAACCACGCUGACCCAUUGCUCCAGUUCUUCCGCUUCGUGUACAGCUGGGCGGGUUCUGGCCGGAGCCAGCACCGUGGCGCUCCUCUUCCACGUCCGCUGCAUCCUCCUCGGGACCAUGUCGCCCUUCUCUGUUUCACGAGGCCACGGUCGCAGGCAUUUUGCAGUGCUGCUCCCAUCCAGGGGGUGGACAUGUUCAGUCCGUGUGGGAUUUCUCAAGUUCAAAGCUGGCAUCGUUGAUGAGGAGACUGAACCCAAGCAGGCUGAAUUGGAGGAGUGUGUGGAUGGGAUUUGGUCCAAGCAUUGUACUCGGAGAUGCUCUCAUUUCUUUUGCAGCAUCAGGUACUACAGUCAUGCCACUAGUUUUGGAGAGUUAAGAGGGAAAGGAGGGCAUUAUUUGUGGAACAUAAAUGCGGGUUUAUAGGCACUGGAAGGGAGUUAAUUGUGAGACUUGAAGCACAAGAGAGAGCAGUUGAAGAGAUGGAGAGGAAGCAACAAGAAUUGGAGGCUGGGAAGAAGAGCCAACAAGACAAGAGUGAAAGCCUUGGAAAAUAAGAAAAAAUGGAUACAUUGUUAGGUUUCUCUUAAGGGCUCCACCAACUUAGUAGUCCCAAUCCAAACCUGAUGGUGUAUGAAGGCUGUUCGGCAAUACUUUUGUGGUCUUUUAGUUAUCUAAAUAUGACUUCGCAACAUGUAUAUUGUUGUGAGUGCCAAACUUGUGAAUCAUGUUAUUUUUUUACUAUCAUUUCUAUUUAGAGGAUGAUUUGACUAA